AACAAGUGAGUUAGGAACCCUCGAUCCACAGUCAAGGAAGCCUUUAUCCCGAUAAGGAGAACCCAUCUGCAGAAUGCAUUGCCUGCUUCAACUGAGUCUGGCUGUGGCCCUUUGCUCCCUCUUAGCCCCAUCCACUACCUUGGCCGAACGCCGCAAUGUGUACCGCCUGGGUGGACGCGCCUCCGACGCUCAGAUGGAGGCCCGCUUCACCUCGUCGAUAGCCAACAAGCUGACCUCGCUGAAGAGCACCUCCACGACCACCACGGCUGCCCCCACUACCACCACGGUGCCCACCACCACUACGGAGACGACCACGCCGACUGCACCAACAAUGUCCACUGGCACCUCGACGAGCACCACCACGCCCACAACCGACAGCACCACCACCGCCCGUGCCUUCCCCGUAAUUCAAGACGAUGUUGAGGAAGACGAUGAGGAGAUGCCCCGGGCCUUCGAAGAUGAAGAGGACGACGGUGACGACAGCGUGGAGGACGAAGACGAUGACGAUGAUGAGGAGAGCUACUAUGUGGCCGCUCCGUCCGCCGGAGCCAACAACAAUGCCGUGCAACAGUCCUCAGACUCCGGCUCGGUGGUCCGCCCUUCGGAGCUCCAGUGGCGCCAGUUCCAGCAGGAACAGCGCCACCGUCGCCGAAUCCAGCGCCUCCAACGGGAGCACAACCAGCGGAUCAGGGCCCUCCUUCGCCGCCAGAGGGUUUCCGAGAAGCGAAGCCAGCAACGCUUGCGCCGCCAGCGCCAACAGAGCCGUAAGCGCGUCUCACAGCGCCAGCGCCGCAACAGGAACCGCUCCAAGGCCCAGCGCCAGCGCCAGAGGAGGAACAACAUGAACCGCCGCCGCCGCCAGCAGCUGGAGCGCCAGCGCAGACACCGCCAGCAGCAGCGCCGCCGGCUCAUGCGCCUCCUGCGUCGUCGUCGUCGUGGCGGACGUCGCAACUAAGGAGCUGAUCCCGAUCCCUGCCCCGAUCAGAUCAGAUCCCCAACCGAUCCCAGAACCCCCGAAAUAAACCGAACUUGUAUGCAAAACAAAA